GAUCCUGAAACGAAGAAGUUCACAGCUACAGAUGAAGUAUGGAAUGGCUUUUUGGAGGCUCAUCCACUUAAAAAAAAUUUACGUGAUGAUACAUUUGAAGAUUUUGAGGACUUCAGAAUUAUAUUUGAAUCUAUUACAGCAAGUGGACAGAAUGCUGUGGGUUUAGGCGAUCCAAUUGAUGGAGGUCCUAAUCAAAUUGGAGACACUGAUGCGAUAAAUGAAUCAAGUCGUGUCCAGAUGGUGAAUGAUCUAGAGGGCAUACCAUACGAUGAAAGAUCAGUCCAUGAAGUUUUCUCUUCACUAGAGAAUAGUAGGUUAGAAAAUCUUCCUCCACGUAAGAAAGCUAGAACUGAUGCAUGUAAUUCAAACAAAGCUUCUAAUGAAGUGGAUACGGUAGAAGAAUUUGGUCAUCAGAUUUUUGGCAUGAUACAGAGAAGAUGGGAAAAGGAAAUUGAAGAAAAGGAAAAACGGUGA